AUGUCUGACGACGAGCACCAUUCUAAUGACAAUUCCAAUGUCCAGGCCAACCUGUUCUCGGUUGAGUCUCCAGAUUUCGACUCUGAAGUGUUUGAGUAUGAUGAUGAAGACGACUCAGCCUGGGAGGAUUCAGAUGUUUCGGACGAUACUGAACAUGGAUCUGCAGGCUCGUCGGACAAGGAAUCAAUUCUUGAAAUUCCAUCUAGCGGCCCACGGCGAAGUAGCCCUAUCACUGGUACAAAAGCGCAACAAGCGGCCAUACGCAUAAGGAAAGGGUGUGCCAAGCGUCUCCUCACCCUUGAGAAGCAGAAGGAAGAUGCGAGGAAAGCCGACAGGGAGAGACGGCAGGUGGUGCUCCAAAACAGCUUGGAGACUCUUCAAGCAAAUGGCCUUCGUUUCUGGGACUUGAUGGAAUAUGUAUUCAACCCGAAGAAUGGGCAAGGGAACAUCCGCUAUAAUGAGUUUUUUGUCAGGAAGAGCAAUGCACCAAGGGUACUCGACUGGUGGAUGUCAGCAAAAAACAGAGGUAAAAGAGCCAAAGCUGAAAUUCGGGAAUGGGUCAUUAGAUUUGCUACUCGCACCAUGGCUCAGGAAGCUCACGCCGUAACGAAAUUGAAAGAGUUUCAGACGAUGGGCCGCAAUAUCAAUGCACAACUCAUCCAGACAUUUGACUUGAGGAAGAUUCACGAGAGACUCACAACCUCCCUAGCGCCCUUUUCAAUGUGCCUGCUUGCAGCAUUAACAACGGCUAGGGGUGUCAAGAUGCAUACCGAGCACAGGCAAGAGAGAACAAAAAUGGUAACAACAUUUGCAGCCUUGCUUUGCCUCGGGGAAUACAGUCAUUCAAAUAACCUGGCAAAGCGGAUGAUUGGAUUAUACCUCUAUGCAACGGGAGCCCAACGGCAAUGUAUCACUGUCCUGUCUACACUCGGUCUAUCAGAGAGUUACACAAAUUUAACCUCACAGAAUAUUCGAUGUAAACGUAAAAUCAAGACAGCUGAAGAGCCGAAUCCGUUUGUCGAAAUGCCAUCUGCUGCUCCAUCCACAGAAAUUGUGCAACAUACAGGAACAUUGCACCAGCUAUCUGAUUCCAUGCGUUCUGAAGCUCGAGAACUGGCUGCAACAGGGCUCUUUUCAGUUGUGUACGAUAACAUUAACCUUCACUUUGGAAUUUCAGAGCAAAUUGUCGGCCGUCAUGACACCCAGGAGAAUGGAACAGCUGCUACAGUAAUCCCACUCUUCGAUGCAAAACCUGAGGACAUCAAUCUGGAGAAAUUUCAGUCAGCUUACCUUAAUGCACCACCAUUAAAACUGGAGGACAUUCUCCACACUCCUCAAGAGCAGAAGACAUUCAAAAAUAACCUGAUUUACACCAUCCUUCGAAUAAUCGUAAACAACGGUGGUCCCGGGCUCAAGAAAUUCGAGCCAGAUCUACAGAAACACCAGCCAGAAAGCACAGAAAAAAUUCCCACUCACAAGACUGACCUCCACCCAUUGCCAAGCUGGAAUAUUGAUGAAUCAUCCAUUGCAGGAAAUGCUGAAGUGGAUGAGGCAAUUGUAAAAGAGCUGCAGCUUGAUAGAGAGGUUCCAGAAGCAUCCAACCGAGUUAGGUUUCUUGGUGGAGAUCAACUCUCUAUCGCAAGGCUUCGAGCACUUGAAUUCAUUCGUGCAGGGCAGGAAGAAGGCUAUGAGGGAUUUUUCUGGGGAGCUUGGAUUUCUGGGCUGUUCCACGAAAAAUUAGCUGAUGCUCUUGGGACUUUAUUGAUUCAUUUUGGACAGCCUGACACCAUCUCACAAAAUGCUUGGACGUUGGGCUUUCACAAUGCGCGUAUUGACAGGCUUCCCAUCACCCUGACCUCCCUUCCAACCUAUUGCACUUCUCGCAAUCUUAUUUUUGUUUCACUCUAUGCUCGUGUUCUUCAUUGCCUACUUCUUGUUUCGAAGUAUGGUUCAUUGGAAGAAUAUGCGUUGAAAGUUGACAAAUGGGAAACACUUGUUGAGCAUGCCACAAAGAUCUUCGAAAAUUAUGCUAAUGCAGCUUUGGUUGAGGAACUACGAAGCGAGCGAGCAGAGAGUCUUGAAGACAAGGCGAAGGAUGCAAAGCCAACAAAAGGAGAUGCUGUCUUCGAAAAUGCAGUUCUAUUCAUGCGGGAUGCUCUGGUUUCUCGAGAAUACAAUGAUGCAGUCAAGGCAGGUGAUUCUGGGCGAGUUAUGUUAGUCCAGAAGAUAUGGGCACUUAGCUUCCGCGGAAAUGGCCGAACAAAAUACGCAUACGAGAUGCUUCAUCUAAUUCAUAAUUUAAACCACGUUUGGCCAGAGGAAAUCCGAAAUAUUGUUUUGAAAAACUGGUUGGUGAAUCCAUCCGGUCUGCCAAACCGCAAUAUUGAGAUGGACCUCGCACAAGAGCACCUCAAUUUCAAGAUCAAAAUUUCCUAUAAAGCUCGGGGGUCAAACGCAUCAUGGGAAUGGCUCGAAACCAUUUCACCCUGUGUUGUCGUACUUGGUGAUCUGCAGAAGACCUUGAACGACACUCUUGGAGGUGACCAGGGCACAAAACAUGCACCACCAGAUCUUAAAGAUGAUAUUGAAAGUCUGAUGAGCAGCCUCGACGAGCAUAAAGUAUAUCAAAUCCAAAAAGGGCGAAUGGUAAAGGAAGAAGAAGUUGUAAAAGACGUUGUGGGAGUGGGGUUACAAAACCUAACGGCGGGUGAAAAGAAUCCGUUAAAUGAGUAUAAUGCGGCCUUCAAAAGGCUUCAAAGACGGCGGAAGAUGAAACCAGUAUCACUCGCUGCUCUCGAAGGACACUCUGAACAGGCCGCCACAGCACAUAUCCCAACACAGCCUCCACCCGCAUCCCCAGUUACAUCUCCAAUUCCUUUAAUUCCAGCUGCUGAGGGGGACGAGGAAGAAUUCGAGGAAGGGCCAGCCUCAAAUGAAACAAGCGAGAUUGACAAAAUUCUUGAAGACAUUGAGAACGGCGUGGCAGAUGAAACCUUACCGCGGUUGACUGAGGAUGAUGUGGUGCUUGAUAUGGACGAGAUUAUGGUUGAAGAUGAAGAAUUUGUCGAUACAGAUGAGUCGGAUAGUGACGAGGGUGAAGACGAUGUUGGCUGGAUGGACGACGAGGAACGGGAGUGA